AACUACAACAAUGUUUGCUAGAACGCGUUUAAACCUUGCUCCUGUUCAAUUUUCAAGGAUUAUAACUCGAAACAACGCGGUACCUAAAUGCAUUAGACGUUUAAACUCCACAAAAUCUACUACUCCUCCUCCUCCUCCGCCACCACGUUCACCAAAGGGUAAAAUCCUUUUGUUUAUGGGUGUUUUAGCUCUUGGUUCUACCGUUGCAGCUUCCCUCAGAAGUAAAGCCGAACCUAAAUCAGCAGUUGAACCUACUGCUAAACAAACUGUUGCCUUCCCAGAAGGUGAAAUCUCAGUUGUGUUUGUCUUAGGUGGUCCAGGAUCAGGUAAGGGAACCCAAUGUAACAAGUUGGUUAAGGAAAGAGGAUUUAUCCAUUUAUCAGCCGGUGACUUACUUAGAGCUGAACAAGCCAGACAAGGGUCAAAAUAUGGAGAGUUAAUUGCUCAAUGUAUUAAGGAAGGAACCAUUGUUCCUCAAGAAGUCACUAUUGCAUUAUUGGAACAAGCCAUUAAAGAAAACCACGACGCUGGUGCUCGUAACUUCUUGGUUGAUGGAUUCCCUAGAAAGAUGGACCAAGCUAUAACAUUUGAAGAAAAGAUUGCCAAAUCUGCAUUCACUUUGUUCUUUGAAUGUCCUGAACAAGUCAUGUUGAACAGAUUGUUGGAAAGAGGAAAGACUAGUGGUAGAACUGACGACAAUAUUGACAGUAUCACCAAAAGAUUUAGAACUUUUGUAGAAACAUCCAUGCCUGUUGUUGAUUACUUUGAUAAACAAGGUAAGGUUGUCAAGUUAAACUGUGACCAACCAGUUGACUCUGUUUCCGAACAAGUUAAAAAGGCUUUGGAAUCUAGAGGUAUUUAGAUUAAUAACUUUAAAUAGAAAGUGUAGAACAAUAUUAGAGAGAGAGAGAGUAAAUUUUCGUCACGAAUUUUGAUGACAAAAAAAAGCAAAGUAAUCAUCAACUACUAUUUUGUUCCACAAGUAUAUAGCUCAGUAAAAAUAAAUGACAUCGACCAACACAGGAUUACCUCCAAGCUGGACAGUUCGUGUCUCGCGUACACACAACCAGGAAUAUUUCUUCAACCAAGCCACAAAAGAAUCGUCUUGGGAUGCACCAUUUGGCACUGACCAAGAAGUUUUGAGUGAAUACUUGAAGAAGUUUAAAGCCAAUGGUUACAAGCCUGUAGUUGGAGACGAUGGUAAGGUCAGAAUCUCUCAUUUGUUAAUCAAAAAUAAUCAAUCCAGAAAGCCCAAAUCCUGGAAGUCGCCUGAUGGAAUAACCACAACCAGAGACGAGGCCAUCCAGAUCUUGAAGAAACAUUUAGCUAGAAUUUUGAACGGUGAAGUAAAAUUGAGCGAAUUGGCCAAGACGGAAAGUGAUUGCUCUUCACAUAGUGUUGGAGGGGACCUUGGAUUCUUUGGAAAGGGACAAAUGCAACCUAAAUUCGAAGAAACUGCCUACGCAUUGCAUGUCGGUGAAGUAAGCGAUAUAAUUGAAACUGAUAGUGGUGUUCACAUUCUUCAAAGAACAGGUUGAUAAGUGAUACCACUUUGAAGUACAAGCCGAGAUAAAAUUUAACGAAAUAAAAGUGUUAGUUCUAUUCGAUAGUUAAUUAAAUAGUUAGUGAAUACAUAUUGAACGGGAAAUAAACCUUAUGAUGUAGGACAUAUAUAGUAAUUAGUUUUACGAUAGAAUGGUUCAAUAGAUUCUAUAUAGACAAAUACGGCCGUCAAAUUAAACGAGGCAGUGCAACUAUUAAAAGGUUCAAUGAAAAUUUAUUCUCUCAGUUAUUGAAGUAAAAAUGAGAUCAUUAACUCCGCAUGUUUGCAAAUUAUGAUUCAUAGAAUAUUGGGAGGGUGUAUAGCGCCAUGGACUGGUACGGCCAUAUAUGCCGGU